AUGUUCUCCGGCUCCGACGAUCUGGAGCAGUUACUCAUUCAGCCGGAGACAACUGUUGAAGAGGUGCUUAAGUAUGUCCAUUUCACUGACGAACUCUCCACGAGGAAUCCUGCUCUCCUUGAAUUCUUGGCCCAACCCGACCGAGUGCGAGAUCUUGUGGAGCUUGUUCGCCGAGGACCGGACCUCUCCUGCCCCUCAGAACGACAAUACCAACUGGCCUAUUUGGCAACCGAAGCGCUGACCUCGGAAACCUGGACCAUCCAGGAUGCCUUGCUGCAAAAUGAGGAGGCGCUGGAUGGACUGUACAGCAUCCUUCAGACCGAAGACCCAGCCUCCCUCCCUCCGCUGACGGCCAGCUUUCUGCACCGCAUUCUCGUCUACCUGAGUAAGUGGGCCGGUCUUGAGUUGUUAAGCUUUCUUAAAUCGAAGCCCGAUUUCGUGGACUGUGUAAUUCGACACAUGGACAAGGCCGCUGUUCCUGAGAUCGUCUACCAUCUGUUGAAUACCGCGAACUAUAAGACCUUCCUUUCAAUAUGUCAGUGGCUUGACGAGGCACAGUUAGUGUCAAAACUGUUGGAUCGAUUCUUAUGCGACGAUUUCGAGGUACGUGGCUACGCCUGUCAGUUCAUCUGUGGACUGAUCUACGUCUGCCGGAGUCAUCGAUAUCGCUUUCUACGACCGCUCUCCGAGGACAGUCAAACCAACUUGCUCCUUUCUCGCCUCGAAAGUGAAGAGACUUUCGAACGGGUCCUCUCCGCAGUCUUCUCGGAUGAUACUCACCUACUUGAUAACCGUCAAUUCAUUCCCAUGGCGUUGUGCCUUCUGCGCAACAUCCUCAUCCCCUCGACUCAGUAA